AUGGAUACUAGCCUAAUUGACUGUGAUGUGCAGACAAACUACGUUCGAGUUACACUUCGAAAUAAGGUGUUCCAAAUGGCUCUACCUGAAGAGGUCCAUCCGGACAGAUCUUCAGUCCAGCGUUCUCGUGUGACUGGUCGACUGCUCGUUCGGAUGCCCAAAGUCAUCUCUUCUUCAAUGAUUGAACUCCGAAAUGAAGAGUGGAAACGCACCAACGAGUGUACAGAGACGACAGAAGCCAAAGAAAGGAGGAAGGGGAACGUUUCCAAUUUCCUGACAGUAGGGGAAGCUAAGGUCUCGGUGGACUGGCGAAACAUCACAAACGCUGGAGACCGUCGUCCGAGUAAUUUGCAAAUGGAAAAGAGGACGCCGGUCAGUCUUCGUAAGGAGAGGGAAAACAGUCCCAACUUUAUUGACAAUCUGGACGUUCCGCCUCUUGAAUAA